UUCUCCAUUAAAGAUACCAAAUGGAACAAAUAACUGAACAACCAGAAUUUGGCAUCAGAAUUUACACAGCUUCUCCUUCAUUAGACUCUACACUACCAUCAUCAACCCCUCCUCCUCCAUCAGGUCCGGCCACACAACCUGUUGCGCCAAAGAAAAGGCGGGCUGCGGUCGCAAAAUCAGUCCAAGGAACCCUCUCGAAAACCUCGAUGUUAGCCCAUUUCCUCCCUACUGGGACCCUCUUAACUUUUGAGAUGGUACUUCCAUCAAUAUAUGGUGUUGGUGAAUGCAGUUCCGUAGCCACUAUUAUGACUUCCAUCCUCAUUGUACUUUGUGCUCUUUCAUGUUUCUUCUUUCAUUUUACAGAUAGUUUUCGGACUCCUGAUGGGAAGGUGUACUAUGGGUUUGUGACUCGAAAUGGGUUGGCGGUUUUCAAACCGGGUUUGGAUGUGGAGGUUCCGAAAGAUGACAAGUAUAACAUCCAUUUUGCUGAUUUUGUACAUGCUAUGAUGUCUGUUAUGGUGUUUAUGGCGAUUGCAUUAUCAGAUCAUCGGGUUACCAACUGUCUUCUUCCGGGUCAUGGUAAAGAGAUGGAGGAAGCCAUGGAAAGUUUUCCUUUAAUGGUAGGGAUUGUUUGUAGUUGUCUUUUUCUUGUGUUUCCUAAGGCCCGUUUUGGUGUUGGGUGUAUGGCCACAUAAAGAGUGUUUGAUGUUGAAAUUGUAGUAUUGAAAUGUAUUUAUGUCAUUUAGUUACUGCAUAUUACACGUGUGUUGCUAAUUAACUUGGUAUGUAAUAUUAUUAGUUUAAGGAUGGAUUUCAUGCCUUAAUUCUCA